CAGGGCCACACAUAGACAGACAUACACUCACACUCACCUCCACAUCCACAUCCACAUCCACGGACAUCCACAUAUAGACAUUUAAAGACAGUUGUAUGCACAAAUCUGACGCAUUUUUGAUCGGAACACAUUUGACCGUCGCGGGGCAGAAACGUGUUGUAUGCGACUCUACCAAUAGGAUUGCGAAACUAUCAGGUCAGCAACAUGGACGCAAUGUCAAAGACACACCGUGUGUUGCGUAGCAUGAAAUCGCUUCAUUAAUGUAGAUCUGUUGGACAGAUCUCCUGUCUUUUGAGGGUUUAUGCUUGUUUGGUCACCAUGGCAACAUGUAGAGGAUGCCAGAUCUUUUUCCUAACUAUAAGGACUCUGUGUGGAACAUCAAGAUCUGCAUCACCCAGCGCUCUGCCUUUAACUAAACACAGGACUUUGUCCACCUCUGCAAGUGUUUAUGCUCUGGACUCAUUCUCCUCUGGGGCGAGGAAGCCAACAUCUCAGUCCAGCAAAGCAGAGAGAACCUCUCCAUCCACAGGAGCCAUUCAAAGGAACCUCUCUGCCAUCGCUGUGCCCCAGAAGGGUCAGUUCCGCCCGCUCUGCCGGUAUGAUCCUUUAGAUCUGGGUGACGUGGAUGAGAAUAUACAUAAAGCGUUGGCCUGUAAAAGCCUGAGGCGGUUUAUUGUGGACCCUGCCAUUGCAAGAAUUAUGACCGACCACCUCGCAGGAGACAUUGAAGAUGGGAAAGCUGUUAUAUUUGAGUGCAACCCAGGUCCUGGAGUGUUGACACGUGCUCUGAUUAAUCAUGGUGCUCAAAGAGUAGUUGCACUGGAAAGUGAAGCAAACUUCCUUCCUGAGCUGCAGAAUCUAGAGAGGAAACUGGAUGGGCAGUUGGAUGUGGUUCAUUGUGACUUCUUUAAAAUAGAUCCCAUCGGCCUCGGCAGCAUGAAACCACCUGCCAUGUUCUCAGAGGAGCUCUUUUCUAAUCUUGGAAUCUCUGAAGUACGUUGGUCAGCAGAUGUCCCAGUGAAGGUGGUGGGAAUCUUCUCUCAGAGGAACGAGAGGAGCAUGCUAUGGAAGCUCAUCUACAGCCUGUUUGAGCGCAUUUCCAUUUUUCGCUAUGGACGCGUGGAGCUGAUCAUGUUCAUUAGCCAGAAAGAAUACAAUAAAUUGGUGACCCGUCCAAGAGAUUAUAAGAAUUACCAAGCUUAUAGUGUUCUAUGGCAGAUGGCCUGUGAUAUUGAGUUACUGCACGAGGAGCCGUUGUCAUCUUUUUUGACAACAACCAAGAAGAAAGGAACGUCAACCUCAAAGAGCACACUGUCCCAUGCAGAUAACCUCUGUUUGGUGCGGAUAACCCCACGUGAGGACCUGUUUACCUCUCAUCUCACUCCCUUGAACGGCACCACUCUGGUCAUGAUGGUUAAACAAUGCCUCGCCAAAAGGAAAAGCAAGCUGAUUGAACAAAUUAACUUAUGGAGUCCUGGCAGUGGGUCAGAACUAAUUUCAAAGCUUGGCUUACUCGAUGACACCCUGACAGGUGACAUUUACCCGGAUGAGUACAAGCGCCUGUUUGAGUUAAUGGAGCAGUCAGGGAAAUUUGCUGAGAGCUGGCUUCACGAAGAGACCUUGGAAACUAAGAACACUGGCUGUGGGUAAUAGUGCCUGGGACACGUUACCUACCGAACUAAUCAUGGAUGAAAAAUGACUACCUAGAGUUCACAAUAAGCAACAUAUUGCUUAAAAAGAGUCUCAGAUUUUAAGCAAGGUCAAACUCCUGGUUAAUGAUGGCAAAUUAGUAGACUAACAAAGUAUUUUGAUAAAGUUAGAUUUCUAAAAUUUUGAUUGACAGACAGUUUAUGUUUGCAGCCUUUUAGGUUGUCUGUGACUGAUGGCUGAAUAUCUUUGAACAAGUAAGGAGACCUUCCCUAAAAUGUGUUGGUAUUGAAAUUAAAAGUAGUGUUGCCACUACGGAAUGCAUUAAACGUAUGUGUCUGUGCUGAAAGUACACCAAAACCUGCAUGAUUGCUUUAUAAUCACUGGAAAAUAAUACUUUUUCAUUAUGUAAGAAAUAAUAAUCAAUUUGUAAUCCUAAUCAAUAGGACAUUACCAACCCAAUUAUUAUGUGAAAUUUCAAAAGCAUUUUAGCAUUUUAUCACUUUCACUUUUAUGUUUUGAAUGGUUGCUGUAUUUAAAAAAAUCUAAGAUUUUUUUUUAUAAAAAAUAAAUAAAUGUAAUUACUGA